AUGACCACGCUGAACGCCGCCAAUUACCACGUUGCGUGGAUCGCUCCACUCGCGAUCGAGUACGGUGCAGCCAUAGCGAUGUUGGACAAAAUCCACGAUGGCACAUUCCCUGCUGCGAGAGGUGGCCACUAUGUAUUCACAGCUGGUGAAAUCGGCCACCACAAAGUCAUCAUCGCAAACUUGGCCGGAGAGAUAGGCAACGUCACUACUGCUGAUCUAGCAGCCGAGAUCCGUCUCCUCUUCCCCAACAUUUGCCUGAGCUUUGUGGUCGGCAUUGCCGCCGGCCUUCCGCUGCCGCCAAACCGAGACAUUCGUCUUGGCGACGUUCUCGUCGCUGUACCAAACCAGAAGGACUCCGGUGUCGUGGUCUACGACUUUGGAAAGAAGACACCUGAAGGCUUCGUCCCCAUAAAGUCUUUCGCACAGGCUAGCAAGCUCGCCCAACCGGCAGUUAAAACAGUCCGAGGCGAGUGGAGGAGACUUCAAAGAGACAAGUUCCUCUCACACUACGCCAAGAUCAUGACCAAGAGACACGAAGUUGCGGUGGAGGGUUACCCCGAAGAUUAUACAGAUCCAGGGCAGGAGAAGGACGAGGGACCUAUCAACCCCUUGGUGUCCGUGGCUGGAGAGGACAAGGCGGACACAGACGACGCCACGACUACCGCGGCCACGGGGAGCAUUCAGGACACCAGGACAAAUUUAGAGCCCCCGAAGAACCCACUCAAAAUGCACGGGAUCAUUGGCCUCGAAAUGGAGGCGUAUGGAGCGAUGGUUGGACUCGAAGCUGGUGUCAUCCGAGGGGUCUGCGACUAUGGGGACGAGAAAAAAAAGGAAAGGUGGCAACCAUACGCCGCUGCUAUGGCUGCUGCGUAUGCCAAGACGGUUAUAGCCAAAGUCGGGGACUUGAAAGGGAAAAAUUGUCAUUGUUAUAUUUAUCAGAACCUCGGCCGUGACAAACCCGCCUGGUUCGUGCCGUUUGGACGCAACCAAGAUUUUGUCGGGCGCAAGUCAAUUCUGGAGCACCUUCUGAAGAGGAUCCCUCCCUACGCAGAGCCUGAUAACUGCCAGCGGACGGCCAUCGAAGGCCUCGGCGGCGUGGGAAAGACGGCGGUCGCGAUCGAGGCGGCCUUCCGGGUCCGUGAGGAGCACCCGGACUGCUCCAUUUUCUGGGUGCCAGCAGUGGAUGUCACUAGUUUUGAGAACGCCUACCGCGAGAUCGGGCGAAAGCUCAACGUCACGGGGAUUGACCAGGACGGGGCAAACGUUAAAUCCCUCCUCAGGGCCGAACUGAGCCGCGAAGAUGCCGGCAGCUGGCUCUUGAUUGUCGAUAACGCCGAUGACGCUGACCUCUUUGGCGACACGACUCUCGCCGACUCCCUCCCAUUCAGCCUAAAGGGCUCUCUUCUGUUCACGGCGCGGGAUCAUAAGGUCGUAGCGAAGCUCGAUAUUCCAAAAAGAAAUGUCAUUCACAUCAAAGAAAUGAGCGAGGGCGAAGCUCUCAAGCUUUUGGAGAUGCACGUAGAGGAACAUCAGAUAUGCGACCUGGACACAUCAAAGCUGCUCCAGCUUCUCGCUUAUCUACCUCUAGCCAUCAGACAGGCGUCUGCAUACAUGGUUAUGAUGGGAAUAUCGACUACAAAGUACCUCGAUUUAUGCCAACAAAGUGAGGAGGACAUGAUCAAACAGCUGAACGAGGAUUUUGAGGAUCGAUAUCGCUACAAAAAAGGUCAAACCAACGCAGUUGCUACAACUUGGCGGAUUUCGUUCCAGCUCAUCUUACAGCAGGACCCUGUGGCGGCAAAUUACAUGAGAUUCAUGUGUUUCCUGGCUGAGAAGGACAUUCCGCAGUCCUUGCUGCCGCCAGGCAAGGCUGGCGAAGUAACGAAAGGGGAGGUGACGAAAGCGAUUGGCACACUGAAGGCAUAUGCAUUCAUCACCGAGCGGGAGGAACAAGAUGCAUACGAUAUCCACCAGCUAGUUCGACUAGCGAUGCAGAAUUGGUUGAAGGAGGAAGGGAAAUGGAUGGAAUGCGUCGCCUCCGUGAUCCAGCGGCUUUCUAAAGCGUUUCCCUCUCUGAAACAUGAGAACAGAGCCGAAUGGCUGAGGUAUCUGCCGCAUGCACAGACAGCCUUAAGCUAUUCGGACUGGAACGCCGUCUUCCAGCUGUAUGACAUGCGCCGGCGGAGGCAGCUUGUCUGCGCGUGCGCGAUGUGCGGACCCCUCGGGGCGCUGAUGGGCGGGACCUUAGGGGCGUUCUUGCUGGGCCCCAGAACGGUCCUGGGCCAGAUCUUCCUCGACUCCUUCCUGACGCUGGGACUGGUGGCGUUGGGCUUCGCCGCGCUAGGCUGCACAUGGCUUGUCAAACUGGCUCUCGAAAGCGCCACAGGUAAUGAGGCGGAACUCUGUCUUCUCUUUAAAGUAGGCAGAAGCCUUAAUCACCUGGGAAGGUACGGAGAGGCAAGGCAGAUAUAUCAGCAAACGCUCCAGUUAGCGGAGAAGGUGCUGGGUGAGGGACAUCCCGACACACUUCUGAGUAUAAGCAACCUCGCAGCAUCGUUCGAUACAUAUAGCCUAGGGAAAUUCGAGGAGGUGGAGGAGGCGCACCAGCAGAUUCCGGCUCUGCAGAAGAAUAUACUAGGCGAGGAGCAUCCCAGUACACUCAGCAGCAUGAACAACCUCGCGUUCAUACUAAACCAGCUUGGGAAAUACGAGGAGGCAGAAAAGAUACACCAGCAGACACUCGAGCGGAGGAAGAAGGUGCUAGGCGAGGAACAUCCCGAUACACUUCUGAGCGGAAAUUACCUCGCAUUCGUGUCCGAGAAACCAGGGAAACAUGAGAAGGCAGAAAUGAUGUAUCGCCAGACACUAGAGGUGAGGGAGAAAGUGCUGGGUAAGGAACACCCUGAUACCCGGCGAAGUAGAACCGCUAUGGCAGACUACUUGAGAGCCAAGGAGUCGAGGAACUUGGGACCCCAAUAG